AUAAAAUUAAAAAGCACGUACUGGUCGACAUGCAUGUAUACAUUGUAUACUCUAAUGAUACUGAUGUAUGACAGGAAAUGAAGUUGGAAGUCACUGAUUUGAAAAAUGAAUUGAAGAGUGAAAGAGAAGAGAGAAUCAAGUUGGAGAGUUUGACGACAAAAGUUGCUCAACUUGAAAACGAUUUAGCAGACAUUAGCAACACAAUAUCGAAUGAAGCUACAUGUUCCAACAGCACUAAAGGAACAAUGAAAUAUAACGAGAAAGUAAAGGAAGUCGAGUAUUGUAACACCAGCCACUGGUCGACUCUACUGUCAUAUUUGGUUCCUGGCAGCUCGUCUUUGCUGCCUGAGUCAACCUGUAAGCAGAUAGCUCUCAGGCAUAAUUCAUCCUUUCGCAAUGGACAAUAUUGGAUUAGACCAUCUUCUAACGAUCCACCAUUUCAAGUAUUCUGUGAUACGAGUGAAGGUUGGACAUUGGUCAUGAAGAUAGAUGGUAAUCAACAAACGUUUGACUACCACAGCGACUUGUGGUCGAAUGAGGAAACAUUUCAACCAAAUAACUUGGAUUUGGAUGACGAAGAAACGAAACUGGCUUCGUAUUGGACACUACCAUUUACUGAACUUCGUCUGGGAAUGAAAGUAAAUGGAACGAUCAGAUGGAUCACCUUCAGCUAUACCGCAUCGUCUCUCUACAGUCUUAUUGCUGAUGGACAGUACAGAAACACGAGUAUUGGUGAGAGUAAGUGGAGAAGUCUAUUGCCAACGUCAUCUCUACAGAGAAAUUGCAACAAGGAAGGAUUCAACGUUCGAAGUAACCACUCACAUUAUGGACCAAUAUCCGCACGAGCACGUCUAGGAUUUCUUGCUAAUAACGAAGAAAACGAUUGUGAUUCUCCAGACUCUUUCGUUGGUUUUGGAACAUCGUACAUGGAUGAUUCGUUGGCGAGAAAUAGUGUUGGAAACUUUGCGUGCUGCCUUCCAGACAAUGGUGAUGUAAACAUCAAAGUAGUUGGCUACAUCAUGGCACGUUGAGCUAGACACUAUACACACUCAGUUUGUGAAUUAACGUCUAGACGAAUGUCAUUUACCCUUCUAUGUAGCAACUACUAUACAUAUAGCAA